CACACUACCUAUCUUAUGAAUAACAAAUACACACGAAAGCUCUCAUCAAGUUACUUAAUUCAUACUCGAAUUUGUCGAAGUAACACUUAAUACGGAGAACUGUUACAUGUAAGCUUUAUAAGUUUCUGAAAAAGUAAUGCAAAAAUGUCCAUGAAAGCGAGCUUUCGUUCAUUUUCAAUAUUUACAAUAUAAUGACAGCGUCGCCUGGUUUCGUCUUACAUUCCCUGUAUUUCUUUUCCACGUUUAGUGUUCGGCGAAAGCUCGUUAAUUUUUGCUCAACUUUUUUGUAAUCAACGCGAUACGUACACGCCAAUCUAUUUUCUCGGCAAUGUAAAAUACUUCUUUACAAAAAUAGCCGCGAGCGUAUUCGUGAAAGAACAUGUAAAAUUGAACUCAAAGAUCAUGCUGCCGAAGAUAGCAGCGUGUUUGUUGCUGCUGGCCCUGGUGAGCGCAGCGAGCGGUGUGCAUUACCACUACGAGCCACAAAAUCGUCGCUCGUUCGAUGCACGAUUAAGACGAGGCGAUGGCUUUGAUCCUGACAUGCUCAAUCGUUUCCUCGAGGAGUACGCAAGUAAGAUCAAGCGCACAACGGAGCAACCAGCUACUGCUGCUGCUGUUGCUUAUCAUGAUGACGAUUCCACAGCUAAUCUUGGAAUUGAGAGCCUUGAUGAAAGGAAUGCAACAGAUGCACACUCUUUUAGGGACGAGUCGUCACCGGCAAAUGAAACUGCGAAAAAGCACAAAUUUUACAAUGGCAACUCGCACAAAGAGGAUCGUAACAAUGGUGGUUGGGUGACCCUCGAAGCGAUACCAUGGUCCAAGAGUAAAAUCUCUAAAUGGCAGGCGAAUCCGACGACACAGCAUCCUUGGCCAUCCGAUGCCAAACCUUGGGACAAGCCAAAUUACAAUAAACCUUGGGAUAACGAUUUUCCGUCGAGACCUACGUCUUCCGAUCACAAUAAUAAUAAUAAACCAUGGACAAACAAGCCACAAUGGAAUGAUAAUACACCAGCGCCAAGUAAUAAACCAUGGUAUUCAGAUCGACCAAGACCUGGAUACCCAACCGUGACAAUAGACAAGUACGAGGAUCCGAAUCAGGCACAGAAAUGGCCACCCGAGCGGCCGUCUUGGGACAAGUAUGCUGACUCAUCUCGUCCAUCGGCUGACAUUAUUACCGAUAAUGGGCCGUCGAACUUCCCCAACAACGAUUUUCAUCGACCAGCUCAAGCUCAAAGGCCAAGCUAUUCGCACCACACGGAAAGCUACAUCAGCGAACACGGAGGUUGGAACGACCGUAAUGAAUUCCCUGCACCUGGAAAUAACAAUAAAUUGCAUCGUCCAAAUGACAACUAUGACGAUAGUUACUAUGACAGACCGCAUUUUUCUCAUUAUAAGUACCCAACCAGAAAUGAUCAUCCAUCGAAUUAUCCAUCCACGAGUGAUGGGCAGUGGGUAUUAUUAUCGACUAAUCGUGGGUACUCAAAGUCAAGGCAAAGGUCUAUAAAGUUUGAUGCCAAGACGAGUACCGAUACUAACGCAAAGAAGAAGAAACACGAUGAGGAUGGGGAGCAUGUUCCUGCGGUCACCUCGAAAAGGCAGGUCCGAUUAACAGUGUUGCCAUCGAUAAACGGCACUAACACGACGACGUCGCACGGUGGACUACUCGAGGUUGAGAAAACCUUCAAGACUGUUGAUCAAAGCCAAAAGGAAUACGAAGCGGAGAAGAUCAACAUAAAAACCUCUAAUGUUCCAAAUCGCGCCACUUUGUUACUCAACAAUCGGCGACCAAUUCGCGCUCCGGUUAUUAGCGCUGGGGCACCUUCGAGCUCCGCUGUGUUGGCUGCCGUCGGUGCUGGUAUGUUACCAGCCACCAUGGCCAUGAUGUUGCCGAUGAUGUUGGGAAGACGCAAGAAGAGAUCAAUUGAGUUUGAAGAUGAUGAACCAUUGUCGUUUGUUACAUUACCGAGGCAUAUUUUCCUUACGAAUGUUAGACGAAGAGAGUGAUAUGGAAAAUUCGAUUUAUCGAUAAAAAGUUUAUCAGGUGAUAUUAUAAGCCUGCGUUACUUGUGAAUUGAAAUACGCGGUAGUACCGAAAGCUUGAUAUGGUCGUUUUCUUGUAAUUUAUUGCGUAACGUGUAGGUCUUCGCUAUUAUAUUUUUUGUAAUCGUUAUAAGAUUAUGUGGAAACUUUAUUGUUUCGGAGAUUUUAUUUACUAUAUACGUAUCGAUUAUUACUGAAUGAAAUACAAUUGUAAAUGAAAAGUACUGUACUUGAAAAAAAGUGAUCGGAUCUCGAAGAAAAAGUAGUUGUUGCGUUAUAGCAUAUUCCUUUCAACUAUGUAACUGCAUAUUAUUUUUAUUUUUAUUGCAAUAUCUUAUAUCGUAUUAUGAAUUAUUAAAUAUAUAAGUUUAUAGAAUUCUCUAAUGAUCAUAUUGUAAAACAAUUAUAUUUGUUAUAUUCUAAAAUGCAUCGAUGUAUACAUCUUUCAACGUAAUUGCUUGAUCAUCAUUAUUUUUUGGACGGCUCAUUUGUAAAUAGUGCAAAAAUAACUUUCAGCAGCGUUUAAAACUUAACUUUUAUCUUUUGUAAACAUGAUAAUAUCGUUUAUUUGCCUAUUCUAAUUUCUAACCAUUUUAAAGUUAUCUGUAUUUUAUUCAUCACUUAUUUAUUUAGUAUACUAUUUAUAUUAUACUAUUUAUUGAUAU